UGCCCCCGUCUCUCUUAUCUAGUGGUAAGCAUCCGUGGCAUUCAGGACGACGAUCCCCCUGACGCCCAGCUCCUGAGACUGGGUGACAUGCUGCUGGCCGAGGGCGUGUGCAGGCCUGAGAAGACAGGAAGAGGAGGAGCGGUGGCCGGGGCCGGCACAGCAACACCAGGUGGCUGUCCAAAUGACAAUAGCAUUGAGCACUCUGACUACAGGGCCAGGCUGUCCCAGAUACGACAGAUUUACCACUCUGAGCUAGAGAAAUAUGAACAGGCCUGCCGUGAGUUCACCACGCACGUCACCAACCUCCUCCAGGAGCAGAGCAAGAUGAGGCCCGUCUCCCCAGAGGAGAUUGAGCGCAUGGUCGGCGCCAUCCACGGCAAGUUCGGUGCCAUCCAGAUGCAAUUGAAGCAGAGCACCUGCGAGGCCGUGAUGAUGCUGCGCUCGCGGCUGCUCGAUGCCAGGCGCAAGCGGCAGAAUUUCAGCAAGCAGGCGACGGAAGUGCUGAAUGAAUAUUUUUAUUCCCAUUUGAGCAACCCUUACCCCAGCGAAGAAGCCAAAGAAGAGCUGGCCAGGAAGGGUGGCAUCACCAUCUCACAGGUCUCUAACUGGUUCGGCAACAAAAGAAUCCGGUAUAAAAAGAACAUGGGGAAGUUUCAGGAAGAGUUUAUCAUUUACACGGGUAAAACGGCUGUAGAUACCAACGAAGUUGGGGUCCCAGGGAACCACACCAGCUGCCUGUCAACACCCAGCUCCGGCUCGUCUGGACCCUUCCCACUGCCCAGCGCUGGAGACGCUUUCCUCACCCUGCGGACACUGGCCUCUCUCCAGCCUCCUCCUGGCGGAUGCUGCCUGCAGUCCCAGGCCCAGGGUAGCUGGCAGGGGGCCACCCCCCUACCUGCAACUGCGCCACCUGCUGGAGACCCUGGCGGCAUCAACUCCAACGCGGCUAAUUAAGUUUUGGGGAUAAGCAAGAAAGAGCGCCGCCGCCUGAGCUGCUGCGCGUGGCCGGCCCUCGCGUGGUUAGUCCACGUGCCGCUAAUGACCUCAGAAAACGCAGAUGAGUCCCUGCUCCUCAGCUGGCCCGUGGCGCCGGCACUUGUGUCUGCUGGGACUCGAGAUGGCCUGAAAAGCCACUCAUUCUCCCACCUCAGUUCGUUUUUUUGAUAGUAAUUUUAUGGUAAUGGUAUGAAUUGUCUGUUCUAGGACUUGGCACAGAUUUUCCCAUUAAAAUUUUUGACUUAUUUUCAUUCCGA